CCUCCCCCGAGUCAGAGAUUAGUUUGAAAACUGAAAUUAUGUGCACGAGUGUGGAAUGCGGUAUUUGCUUUCUGUCUUACAAUUGGAAUCGGCGCUGCCCGCGAACACUUCGCUGCUGCCAUACGUUCUGCGAGCGCUGUCUGCUCACUCUAGCGGGCUGCGGCGUCGAUGAAGACACGCAGAAUUUCAUCAUCUUGUGCCCGCUGUGCCGGGGCACCACGAGUGGUUCAUUUCCACUGCGCCGGGCACUGCGACUCGAUGAAGAGGUCCUGGUGCGCAUGGAGGCGGCUGGAGGUGUACUGGAGGAGUCUGACGAGCCAGAGAUUGAGCACAGCACAGUGUCAGCCUCUGAUGACAGCACAAGCGGACCCAGAAUUGUGAGGGUCUUCAGGCGGCUUUGGAGGAAGUGCCGCACGAAGAGCCGAUCAUCACCCGUGUACACGUCGGCCGACUUCAGGGACCUGGCACUUAUGAGCUGCUAUUCCCUCAUGUGAUGAGAAGACGCACGGCCUUCAUGAAGCGGCGGUUCAAAGAAACGAAGAGAGAGUAUGGCGGAGACCUUCACCGACUGUUUCACUGAUGUAUUUAUUUAUUUAAUGUUCAUGUGUUUUGAGCCUUGUCUUAACGAUUUUUGUUAAUCAACUUGUUUAAUUUUAUACUUGCAUUUUAAGCUGUUCCUGUUUAGUUAGAUGUGUACGUGUAACCAAUGUGGAUGUAUAUAAAAGAAUAUUUAUGUAGAACGCCACGUAUAAAAGCAGUCUGUAUAUAGUUUUUAAAGCACUAUUUUGUACUUCUUCAGUUCUAAAACAAAUUUAAAUAGGGAAGUAAGGCCACUGCCAUUGUCUUUUUUAUCAAAUAAAAUUAAGCGCAUGCUUUUGGAAAUU